UUGAUAAUUCGCUCUAUGAGGAAAAGCUGUGAUCUUCAAGAGGACUACGAGAACAUUUUAGAAGCCUAUUUUUUCGACACCCAAUCUCAAACGUCUUCUAGUUUGUGAUGCCCGCUGGGAUGUUUAGUAUCGACAGCAUCUUGGCAGGGAGACCCAGCUGCAAGGACUCGGUUCUGCUCCAUCGGAAUGCUCCGGUUGUGUUCUCCAAUUUGACGGAAUCCUUGUACGCAGCAGCUGGCGAAUUUAACGGACUCUACUCUCACACGGCGCCGCCAGCUCCUAGUUUACAAUCGGUGACUGGAACCAGGAUAGGCUAUAACAACUACUAUUAUGGACAACUUCAUGUCCAAGGGCCGACUGGGCCAGCUUGCUGUAGCGCAAUACCAACCCUUGGUUCGCAGCAAUGCCCGUGUAUUCCUACAGGCUACGACAGUACCGGAUCAGUGCUUAUUUCUCCAGUGCCACAUCAAAUGAUGUCGUACAUGAACGUGGGAACGUUGUCUAGAACAGAACUGCAACUACUCAACCAGUUACACUGUCGGCGCAAGAGACGACACCGAACCAUCUUUACUGACGAGCAGCUGGAGGCCCUGGAGAACCUUUUUCAAGAAACAAAAUACCCUGACGUUGGCACCAGAGAGCAGUUGGCACGGAAGGUGCACCUACGUGAAGAGAAAGUAGAGGUUUGGUUCAAAAACAGACGAGCAAAAUGGAGAAGACAGAAAAGGUCAUCGUCAGAGGAAUCAGAAAACUCACAGAAAUGGAACAAAUCCACGAAAGCAACCACAGAGAAAGUUGAGGAGAGCAAAAGCGACGUGGAUUCAGACAGCUGAUAUAUAGAAAACGAGACCGGAAAAUCUUGCACAAAUACAAUUUGGACAUUUUGUAAAUAUUGUAAAGUACCAUGUGAGUAGGAGUAAAAUGUGUUGUCAUUCCGUUGCACAGAUGUAUAGUAAAUGUCACUUCUAACAAUGAUAUUGUUA